CUUCCAACCAAUUAGCACUAAUUGGGUGGUCAUGUGACACCUGCCCAUGCCACUGGAAAGUGGUGACACAGAGUAAAAACAUUUGAUCUGCGAGGAGAUGAAUUGCAACUUUGCUCACUUCUGUUUCAUGUUGCUACUUUGGAGCGUUGCCCGCGGUCUGCGGGCAGAGAAGCGCAGGUCACGCAGGCAAAGACUGGUCCUGCCUCGAGUCAGCUGCUCCCACCGGGGCAUAAAAGCAGUCUUUGGGUCAAAGGUCAACAACAAUCCACGCGUCACAGACAUGUCAGGGGCCACGGUGUCAGUGCCCCACCAUGAGGGCCCCUGUGGGGUCCAAGUGAGUGGACUGAACAACCCGGUGGUCUUCAGCAGAUAUGACAGCUGCUACGCCCGAGUCCAGGGGAGCAAAGUGGUGGUCUCUCUGCAGGUGCAGCUGACAGGAGAGGAUGGAUGGUUCCGGGUCCACGUCAGCUGUCCUCUGAGGGGAAGCUCCAGGGUCAGGACGCCACCGUCGCCUCCUGUUCCUGGUAGGUGUGACGUCCACAAAGACCUAAGAGUGACAUGUGGGCAGCAGAGAAUGUCGAAGGCUUCCUGCUCCAGUCGAGGAUGUUGUUUGGACUCACGGGACCAAAGCUGCUACUACAAACUGACCGCUUGCUCCCUGGACGGACACCUUGUGUUCUCCGUGAAAACCGACCUACCUGUGGACCCCAGGAGCCUGAUGGUCAAAGAUCAUCCGCGGUGCGUCCCCGUGAUCGCCACAGCAGACACCGCAGUCUUCAAGGUCCAAGUUAUGGACUGUGGGAUGAAGACCAAGGUGAUUGGAGAUGUCGUCGUCUAUGAGUUAGAGGUGGAGGAGCGAAGUAGAAACCAGAGUUCUCCGGUUAGAGUCCAGGUGGAGUGCGACUACCAAGCGGCCGACGCGGUGAACUUCCCGACCAACCCGCCGCCUGUGGUCGCUGUCGGAUCCAUCCGAGUGCAGAUGAGAAUCGCCACAGAUGCAACUUUCACGUCUUUCUUUCCUGAGGACCAACUGCCGCUGUCCCUGCCGCUACGUGAAGCGGCGUAUGUGGAGGUCUCCAUCGCGCCGCCAUCGCCAGACCCCGCCCUGUCCCUUCAAGUACGCGACUGCUUCGCUUACCCGGCAUCUCGACAUUCCGUGUGGACGCUUCUCUACAAUGGGUGUCCCAACCCACUGGAUGACUCCAGGAGUUCUGUGCCUGUGGACCAUCGGGGGGAAACACAUUCUCAUUCUCAGGUCAGGAGAUUUGAUGUCAAGACCUUCGCCUUCUUGGAUGGAGGGCAGCCCAGUGUGGAGGAAAUCUUCUUCUACUGUUGGGUGGAAAUCUGCACCGAGGAGGUCACCUGCACACAAAGCUGUGCUCUUUCAUCAGAAGGAGCCAGACCCAGACGAGAGGCUUCAUCUGAACCACCAGACCUCCAGCUGGUCUCUUUGGGCCCUCUGCUGCCGGAUCAGAGGAGCACAGGACCGGAGGAGAGUUCCUGCGUGCAGCACAACACGAUGCAUCGUGACGAUCGUUCUGUGUCUGAGCAACAGGAAGUGCCACAAACCGAAUAAUGCAAUAUCAUAAUAAAUAUCACACAAAG